AUGACGACACCGGUAUUCUCUCCAGAUGGUCUACCUUACCCCAUUACGAUUGACCAGCUGAUUGCACCAAUCGGUAGUUACGUGGAGAAAGGGAAUCGUUUAUUUGCGUAUAAGUUUUGGUAUAUGGUGGAAAUAGCCAAUUCCCCAGAUGACAACGAUAUUAUCGCUGGUACUGAGCAACAUGCCAAGAAAAAGGUUCGAGAGUCCAUUGAGUUUUUUGAGGCCCCAUUUGAAGGUCGCCUCAUGAGUUGGAAUGUCGACAAAGAUGAUGAAGUGGCCUCAUCGCGUCAAAUUAUCUGUGAGAUAACGAGGCCUUGUAAUCAUGAUAUCGUUUAUGGUGGAUUGUGCACCCUAUGCGGCAAAGAAGUUGAUGAAAAUGAUCAAUUGAAUACAAAUCUGGCCAUAUCACAUACGGAUACAAAUUUAAAGGUGAGCAGAAAGGAAGCUGCAGAUAUUGAAAACAAUCUAAAAGCAAGGUUACGAAAGGAUGAGAAGUUAAUACUAGUUGUAGAUCUGGAUCAAACUGUGAUACAUUGUGGUGUGGAUCCUACCAUCGGUGAAUGGAAAAAUGACCCUUCAAACCCGAACUAUGAGACCUUAAAAGAUGUCAAGCUGUUUGCAUUAGAAGAGGAACCCAUUCUACCCUUAUUCUACAUGGGACCAAAACCCCCAGUACGGCAAUGCCGCUAUUAUGUUAAAGUUAGACCAGGCCUUAAAGAGUUUUUUGAAGGCAUAGCUCCGUUGUUUGAGAUGCAUAUCUAUACUAUGGCUACUAGAGCAUACGCUUUAGAAAUUGCCAAAAUUAUCGAUCCAGAUGGAUCUCUAUUUGCAAAUCGUAUAUUAUCUAGGGAUGAAAACGGUUCCCUCACCCAAAAAUCUUUGGAAAGAUUAUUUCCGACAGAUCAGUCAAUGGUAGUAAUCAUCGAUGACAGGGGAGACGUAUGGGAUUGGUCUCCUAAUCUAAUCAAAGUAGUGCCAUAUAAUUUUUUUGUUGGAGUUGGUGAUAUCAAUUCGAACUUUUUACCCAGACAACAAAAUACUAUGCUUCAAGUUGGAAGGCGACUGCGUAACAAGGAAAAAGAGUCUGACGAGCUCAUCACAGAUAUCAUGGACACAGAAAAAAUACUACAAGAAAAAAUAGAUGAGGAAGUUAAAAGACAAGAAGAGAAGCUCAGUCAUCAAAUAAGCUCAAAUGAAGAAUCAACAGCAUCUGAAACAAAAGAAGAUUUUACCAAAAAACUUGAGUAUUCUGCGUCAUUAGAAGUUCAACAGCAAAAUAGACCUCUCGCUACACUACAGAAACAUAUGCAUAACCAGAGAUUACUUGUGGAUGAUGAUGACGAGCUUUACCAUUUAAAGGAAACUUUGAUGAGUGUUCACAAAAAAUAUUACGAAUCUUACGAGCGUGGUGACUUCCAAGAUACAAAUAUCAGAACUCUGAUGCCAAUAAUGAAACGCAAGGUUUUUGAAAAUCUUAGCUUUGUAUUUUCUGGACUAAUACCUCUGGGUACUGAUAUAAGAAAAGCGGAUAUUGUGCUGUGGACGCAUAUGUUUGGGGCUAACAGCUUCUCAGAUGUAGAUGAAAAUACUACUCAUGUGAUCACUCGAUCUUCUGGAACAUAUAAAGCUAGGAUGGCGAAAGCGCUCAAUGAUAAGAUAAAAAUUGUGCAUCCAGACUGGGUGUUUGAGUGCAUGGUUACCUGGAAGCAUGUUAAUGAGAAGCCAUAUGAGCUCAUUAUUGAAGAGCCUGCGACGGAACAGGAAUUAGAAGACUUCAAGAGAAAACUAGAACAACGGAAACGCAUGGCAGAGGAACAGGAAAGGCAUGGAUUGGAGUUCAACUCAGUGGAUAAGUCUGCAAAAGACGAUACUGUCAAUUUGUUUGCCGCUGGAACUUCGUGGCUGAACGAUGAAGAAGAUGAGGAAUUUCUAGAUGAUAUUGAAGAUGACGAAGUUGAGGAUGAAGAUGAAGAUGAGUAUGAAGAACAAGAUGCUGAAGAAGAUGGAAGGGCCCCCGAUUAUCAGAAAGAGAGUGAGUCCACGUCACAUGUUGAUCACUCAAGGAAUCAGCAUUCGGAGCCAGCUACCACUAACGAUGUAACAAUUUCUAAGGCUGUUAGUGAAGAAUCGGACAGGAAAAGGCCUCUGGGUGAUAUCGACGGAAGUAAUUACGAUCAGAACUCUCUUAAGAGGUAUCACAUUAGACGCGAUGCCGACGUAGCCGAAGAGGAAGAUGAUGAAAGCGGUUCGGAUUUAGAGGAUGAACUUCUAAACGCAUUGGACGACUGA